CUGAAGGCUCCUUUUUAGAUUUUUUUUUUUUUUUUAUUUGAAUGGGUAUAUUGGGGUUUCCCAGCAAUGGGUAUUGGGCCGAUCUAGCACUGGAUAUAGUAGUAUGGUAAAUAGGAAGGGCAACUCAAGCAAUAGCACAAAUCAGAGGCAGAUGUUAUCCUACUUCCAGUCCACCAAGAAAGAAAAAUAUUGGCCAAGGUCUCAUAAUUCAGGAUUACAUAACAGUUUUAAGUAAAGGAAUUUGUUGACACUUUUAGCUAGAUGUCAUUCUACAAUGGUAAAACUAGUGGCCAAUUUAUAUAUAAUAAUAGAAUAACAUUUACUCUUUUGUUUUCUAAAAUAAGCUUGGGUGAUUACUUUGAAUAAGCUUCUGUUGAAACAUCAAAUAUGAUAGUAACGUAUCCUGGCAAAUUAUAUAAAUUAAUUGAUAACAUUUUAAAAAAUUAUGGCUACAUCACAAGGUUCUUAUAAUAAAAUAUCAAACAUUUUAUUAAUUUAAAAAAAAAAUUGUUAAUUUAUUAGAAUUACGUAAAAUACAGUCAAAUGACUAAUUACUUUUAAAAGUAAAAAAAGAAAAAAAAAUGAUGAAAAUAAUAACAAAAUAAAGAUGGGAAGUGAGAAAUGCCUCAAAAAGAAAAAGGAACUAGUAUGGUAGGGUAGACAUUUGAACGAAGAAGAGAAAGAAUAGAUAAGGAUGUGGAAACAAUGGAGGCAUCUUUAUUUGUCUGUGACUUGAGAGCCUUCUAUUCUAACCAACCCACUUUUAAGGAAGCUCCAAUAUUUCCUAAGGCUGUCCUUUUGUACUAUCCAAUCCUUGACCUGUGAGUGAUCCCUUAUCCCAUAUCUAUUCACAUCUCUCAUAUAUAACAGCCUCAUAUACAAAUCACUUUUCUCCUAUGUCCAAAACUCUCCUUAAUCUUUGUUAUACAUUUCUCUUUCUCUUUCAACCUCAACAUGGAGAAUCCAUCAGAAACAAUGACCUUCGAUAUGAAUGCAUUGCGAAAUAAUCUACCAAAGAAGAGAGGGUUGUCAAGGUACUACUCAGGAAAAUCAAGAUCAUUUACAUGCAUGGCAGAUGUUCACUGUCUCGAAGAUCUAAAGAAAAAAGAACAUCCUGAUGCAAAGAAAAGAAAGAAAUAUUCAGAGAGGAGGGAUUUGCAUGUUCCUCCAUAUCCAUGUCGAAGGGUAUCUAGCACAACCCAAUGUGCUACACCUUAUAUUGGUGUCUAAAUAAUAAAUAAACUUAGCCAAAUGUAUUAAUUAUCCUCCUUGUUUUACCACUUAAAAGAUUUUGUAGUCAUUUAGGCUCGAGGGUUUCCUAGUCUUGAACAUAUUAUUGUACAUUGAUUUUGUGAUUUAUGAUGUUUACAAUUUUCCUGUUAUAUAAAAGUGUUAUUUCAAA